AUGCUGAAAAUUUUCCGACGAUUCGCUCAUAAGCGCGGGCAUGCGCAUCCUUUUGGAAUUGUACUCGACAUUGACGGUGUGCUUUUUCGCGGCAGGACCUUAUUGCCGCGUGUGAAAGAAGCGUUCAAAUUGAUCACCGAUCAUCAUGGCAAUUUUAUAGUGCCAACGGUGUUUCUGACGAAUGGCACGAAUAGCACACAAUCGGAGAAGGCUGGCCAGCUAAGCGAACGACUAGGAUUCAGGAUUGAUCCGGAAUGCAUGAUUUUGGCGCAUAGUCCGUUGAAAAUGUUCACCGAACUUCAUGAGAAGCAGGUAACCGCGUUCGGCAUCGACCCGUUCGAUUUUUGUAGUUGCGGCUUCAAAAAGGUCACGACGAUCGACGAUCUUCGCAGCUGGUUUCCGCAUUUGGACUGCACCGACUUCUCGCGCAAAAUCGUCGAUCCCAAAGAGACGGCUCAUCGACGCGCCAAAUUUCGGCCAAUCGAAGCGAUCAUUUUGCUCGGCGAGCCCAAUCGUUGGGAAACAUCGCUUCAAUUGCUUCUCGAUUGCAUACUAACCAAUGGAUAUAUGGAUUCGUUGGCGGCCCCUCAACGCCCGGACACCCCUUUUGGAAGGGACCAUCUUCCCAUCGUCGCGUGCAAUGUUGAUCUUGUAUGGAUGGCUGAUGUCGCUUCUCAGCUGCCCAGAAUCGGUCAUGGCGUCUUCAUUCAUACGCUGGAAUCGCUUUACGAGAAAAUGACCGGACACCAUUUGCAAUAUAAGGCGGUGCUUGGGAAGCCGACAGAAGUCAGCUAUCUGCACGCGGCUCACAAGAUUCAGCGGCGAGCUCGCGAAAUGAACCUUGACGAUGUCAAAUAUAUGUAUGUUGUCGGCGACAAUCCGAUGUCGGAUGUGCUCGGUUCGCGACUAUUCGAUCGCUACUUGAGACAUGGCGGACGCGGCAGAUUCGAUCAUCUCAAUUUGGAUGUGUUUGAGAAGGACGACGGCGAGUAUCCGAAUGUGCGAACCAGGAAUAUAAUGGAGCGUUGUGUUAGUAUUCUCGUCGAGACCGGCGUUUAUCAAGAGAAUCGAAAAAUAAACGGAGUGGUGAAGCCGAUAUCGGCGCUCAUCGAUAAUUUGUCGCCCGGCGAGCAGAUUAGUCUAAAUCGGCCGGAUUUUGUUGAAUACGACCUUCAUUCUGCAAUUCGAACGAUCCUUCGGCGCGAAUUAUAUCAAAGACCAUUGGAGAAGCUCAAAAAAUGA